AUGGUCAUUAAUGAGGGCUCACCCUACAAUGCCAUUCUGGGUAAACCAUGGAUCGAUAAGAUCAAUGCCAUCACCUCCGCCACACAUCAGAAAAUUCGGUACCUAAUUCUUGGAGGUGAUGUCGGUCAAAUCAACAGCGAUCAUGCAAUGGCGAGAAAAUGUUCCUCCCAAGGGCUGAAGAAAAGCAAACAAGCGCAGCUCCUCCUUGUGAGCCAGGCAGAUCUAAAGGAGGUUGAGCAACCAAAUCUUGCUCCCUUAUAG